UUCCAGCUGCUAGUUGCACAUAUUUGUUACAGAAUAUUUUAGUUUGCUUUUCUUAAAACUUUCAGUGAGUGGGUUGUAGAAAUGUUUAGGCAUCAGUGAGGUGAUUAGUAAUAUCUCACGUCAUUAUGCUGCUGGCUCUGCUUCUGGUUCUGAGUUUUGGUUCGGAGGCUCGCUCCUCCGACCCAAAACCAAUAACUAUCCAGUACCGGGUUUGGGAGGAGCAGCCGGCGGGAACUCAGGUCGGCCGUCUGGUGGACGACCUCCGGCAGAGAGAUGAAGGUGGAUCCCUGGAGGAUUUCCAGGUUGUGGAGCACGGCCAAGCCCUUCCCUUCUCUGUCAGCGCUCGGGACGGAGCUGUCUCCACCCUGGGCCAGCUGGACAGGGAGGAACUGUGCCGUGGGGCAGACCUGUGCGAGCUGGCCUUCAGCGUCCUCUACAGGAAAGGUGGUGCGAUGAACUUCCUGCGGGUUCGUGUGGAGGUGAUGGACCUGAACGACCACAGUCCCAGCUUCCCCAGCGCUGUGCAAGAAGUGGAGAUCUCAGAGACUGCCAGCCUCAGGAUGAGAAUCCCGCUGGACCGAGCGGUCGAUCCUGAUGCUGGGCCCAACAGCCUCCAGACCUACUCGCUGUCUGUCAACCAGCACUUCGCCCUGGAUGUGAAGGUUGCUCCAGGCGGGACCAAGCAGGCAGAGCUGGUGGUGAUCAAGGAACUGGACAGGGAGGUUCAGGCCUCCUUUGACCUCACCCUGCUGGCCUGGGAUAAAGGGAACCCCCCCAGGUCUGGAAGCACAUUAGUCCGUGUUAAUAUUCUGGACUCCAAUGAUAACAGUCCGACUUUUGAGGACAGCACCCCCACUGUGGAGCUAACAGAGGAUACAGCCCGCGGGACUAUUGUCAUCAACCUUAAGGCCACUGAUCCAGACCAGGGGCUCAAUGGCGAAGUGGAGUAUUCACUGAGUAAACAUGCUCCUCCAGAGGUCCAGAAGAUCUUCACUGUGGAUACACAAACUGGAGCGGUGACUCUGAAAGGACCUCUGGAUUAUGAAGCUAAACACUCGUACGAAGUGGACAUACAGGCCCGAGAUCGCGGACCCAAUUCGAUUCCCUCGCACUGUAAGCUACAUGUCAAGCUGAAGGAUGUUAAUGACAACGCCCCGAGGAUACACAUCACCUGGACUCCACCUGAAUCACCUGUCGCCACGGUGUUGGAAGGCGCACCAGAGGACACAUUCCUCGCCUUGGUGAUGGUGUCUGAUGCAGAUUCAGGAGACAACGGUAGAGUGAAAGCUCACAUCCAGCAAGGAUCUGGCCCUUUCCGCCUGAAAAGAAUCCACGGUGACAACUACAUGAUCGUAACCAACGGCAGCCUGGAUCGAGAGAGGAUCAUGCAGUAUAACAUCACGCUUCUCGCCCAGGAUUACGGAGAUCCCCCGCUCUCCUGUGUCAGACACCUAACUGUCCAUGUUCUGGAUGAGAACGACAAUGCGCCUGUGUUCUCUAAGCCUCACUACAAGGCUUCAUUCGAUGAGAACAAUGUGGCAGGCUACCAGGCUCUCAAGGUGGAAGCCCAUGACAUUGACCUGGAGCUCAGUGGAAGAGUUUCCUACACCAUACAAGAGUCCAAUGACCUGGAGACAGCCACAGCCUCUUUCGCCAUCCACCCAACCAGCGGUGUGGUCAGCGUCCGGCGACCUCUGGACUACGAGGAAUCUCGCAGCUACUCUUUCGUCGUGGAAGCCAUUGACCAGGGUUUCCCGCCUCUCACCAGCACUGCCACCGUUCAGAUCGAUGUCCAAGAUGUGAACGACAACUACCCAGUCAUCAAGGAGCCAAAACCCAGGAAAGGAGUGGCAUCUUUAAGCGUACCGGUCAACGCAGACAAGGGUGAGAUUGUGACUGAACUGGGGAAUGAGAUGGAUGAGGGCUCCACCUCUUCGCCGAUGGACCACCUGGUCAGAGAGGGAAUUGUGGGAUUCCUGGCUUCAACCAUAAAGGCUGAAGAUCCAGACUCUGGUUUAAAUGGACAGGUCACCUACCUCAUCACUGAUGGAAACCCAUAUGGGCUGUUCUGGUUGGAUCACACCACCGGCCAGCUGUUUGUGAACACCACCAAUGCCACUGAGCUCAUAGGAAAGACCUUCAAGGUGGACAUUGCUGUAUCAGACAUGGGAACGCCAAGCCUGGUAACCAAGGCGACACUGGAGGUGACUUUUAUCAACCUGAAGGACCAUCUGAAGAACUCAUCACCCGGCAACCGCGGACAGCUCAGCUUCACCAUGAUGAUGGCGAUUUGCCUGGGCGCCACCUGCCUCCUGUUACUGCUGACCAUCGCCUUGGUGACCACGUUCUGUCGCCCUGAGAAACGGGACAACCGAGCCUACAACUGCAGACAGGCGGAGUCGACCUACACCCGCCACCCGCGGCGCCCACAGAAGAACAUCAGGAAGUCAGAUAUCCAGCUCAUUCCCGUCAUCAGGGGGCGCAAGGAGGAGCCCCCAGAGGAUGAGUGUGAGGCCCAGCCACUGGCUCCGCCUCCCAUGAUGUCAGAGGAUCAACACACCGAGAGACAAUACAGCGUGGCGCCAUCAGUCAUGAACACAAGCUUCCAUUCCCAGGGCUACCCGGAGGGGGACGCCACUCUUCCCAUGUCGCACUGCAGAACUCUCCGGAAACCUGGAAGCAUUGAAAUUGACGGGACUUUGCCGCGGACGCCGGCCACGCCGUACCGCACCCUUCGUAAAACCAGGAACCCUUCAUCAUCGUCUUCGCUGUCACACUCCAGCACUCUGAAGCGCCACGGCAACAGGCCUGAGGCCGAGGAGGUCGAUCCGCCAUGUUCGGCCUCGCAGGCGACGCUCAGGCGACCGAAGACCUCGGAGGGAAGAUGCCGGCAGGAGGCCGAGCACCGACAGAUGCUGAGGAACCUGGUCCGACUCUCCAUGGCGGCUUUCGGAGAAAACGCCAUCGAGCUUUCCUCCGCUUCCCCAGAGGUGCAGCAGAUCUCCCAGCUCCUCUCUCUCCUGCGUCAGGGUCAGCUGCAGCCGAGGCCAAACUUCCGCGGGAACAAAUAUUCUCAUCGGACCGGCAGAUAUGCAGGGCAGGACUGCACCGACUGGCAGAGCACCAAGGACAGCGGCCACGGCGAGAGCGAGGCCGGCGACGUGGACUGGGAACCAGGAAGAGACUCGCCUAUCGACCCCCAGCUGGAGGAGGGGCUUCACAACCUGCUGAACAACGCUGACGAUGUCUUCUCGGAGGUCGAUGACCCCGCCUGGAUGGCCAGACUCUCCCUCCCCCUCGCCGGUGAUUACCAUGACAACGUGUUUGUCCCCAACGGGCCUCCGUCCCCCGAAGCUGAGCUCCGCCCCCAAGACGCCCUGGACUCCGCCUCCUUCUCCACCUUCGGUAAAACCCCGGAGAAGGACGGCGCUCUGGGCGGCGCCCUGCUGUCCGAGGUCAGCACGCUGUUCGAGAUGCUGAUGACGCAGAAGGCCGACGCCCAGCCCGGCCCGCACCCCGAGGUGCUGUACCGCCUCUCUGCCGCGUACCGCCGCUCGCUGGGGCUCGACGCCGCCAACGCCGCGCCCGCCGCCAACGCUGCAGCCAGGAAUUCUGGGAACGCAGAGAAGAGGUCAGGUCUGGCUCCGCCCUCUGGACUUUACCACUAGACGAGCACUGGAAGAGACUGGCAGCAGAUACGGACGUUUGCUGAGAUUUCUGAGGCAUUAAAGCGAUAAAACGCAAAAUUUAAGUGACUGCAACUGUAAAUAAAGACGCUGCAAAUCUGUUUUAUAGACGCAAAAUUAUAAUUCACAGAGUUACAAACGGAUGCUGUCAUUUUCAACACUUUCAGCAGCGACGGACGCACGGUUACACAACAUACAGCCAGCUGUGCAGAAUGUGUUUAAUAAAAAAAAAAAAAAAAAAAAAAAAAUGUUGAAAAAUGUCCAAACCAGACGUAUGAUGUGCUGAAAAUGACAAAUCCUGUAAAAAAAAAAAUAAAAAAAAAUUAAGGUGCUGCAUGUUGUAUUUUACCAUCAGUCCAUCCCGAGCACAUUCAUGUAAAGGCAGCAGUAUGACAGGAUGUAAACCUUUUCCACAGUUUGCCAGCAGGGGGCGUCAGUCAAGAAAACUGGGAGGGAAUAUUCUGAGAAAAAAAACCCCCAUAAUUUCUGAGAUUAAAUUUGUAAAUUUACAAGAAAAAAAAUCACAAAUUUAUGAGAAAAAC